AAUCAUAACCAUAUAUGUCACAACACAAACAUCUAUAAAUAAACGUUAUGAAUGAGUGUAAUAUGACCAUAUAUGAAGAAAGCGUAAUCAAAUAACGUGCGAGGGGUACCGAAUGGAGAAACAAUCGUUGGAAUAAUCUCCCCUUUUGAUUGCACACGAGCUUUCAAACGGUUGAGAUCCGGUGCCCAAGACAGGAGAAAAGUGAACCGUAUUGCUGGGGACUCCAAUGCUCAUCGGAUUAAGGAUAUUCUUCCUGAUGAUAUAGCUGUCAAAUGCCUGCCAAUCUCUGAUGAGAAUAUGUAAUGACAAUGGUAUAGAACAGUAAUUACAGUUUCAGGUUUGUUUCUAUUAAUGGUAUCACAUGUACACAUUUUUCUAAACGUUAAAACGAAAUGAUUAAUGAAAUAAACAAAAGGUUACCGUUUAAACGGUAUCCAUAUGUCAGUUAUAAAAGCGUCAUUGACAUCGCAUUUCCAAACUGAAAGUAAUGAUUAUUUCCAGAAGUUAUAUUCAGAUCAUAACCCAUUUGGGCAAUGACGUCAUAUUAAAACCAACUGUUCUUGCCGUUGUUGAGUCAUUGGGUACACAUUUUCUACUUACAUGCCGUAGUAUUUUAUAACAAAGACAAAUAAAUAUUGAUCCCACAUUUCUUCAAUAAGACUACACCUGUGUAAAUUUUUUAUUGUUUUCUACCUAACAAGAUGUACAUAAAAACGAGUAUCUGUUUAUGAAAUUAAAAAUGAAUUCUGAUGAAUAAAUGUCGGAAAAAAUUUCCUCAUGCACGUUGUGCUGACGCGCGUCAAAUGUUCAAGACAAUUCGGGGAAUGAUCAUGCAACAAAUAGCUGGAAAAUUUUCCCGAGCACUUUGUGCCGACGUGUGUCAAAUAUUCAAGCCGUCUAGGUCGUACAUGGUGUUUUGUUAUGUUUACGCUGUUGUGAAUAAGGGCCAUCUGGCACACAUGAUACAAAUGUAUACCAGUCUUUUUUUAACAGCUUUUAAUAAGUUUUGCAACAUUGUAACGUAAUGAACUAAAAUGGAUUAUGUUGAUAUCAACAGUCGUUUAAAUGUUUACUGUUUUUGUAAACAUUUUUGAGAAAACACGAAAUGCCACCAUUUAAACGUGAUACUCAUAGUUUCUAUAAAUGAUGUAAUUAUUUCAUUUCUUUAUACUUAAACAGUUCAAAUGUCAAGUCCUAAGCUUCGUAUGAUUACAGUAUUUGUCAUCAAUAUAAAGUUAAACUUAUUAUGCUGAUGUGCAAUGAUUGGCAUCAUUGCGUUUUCUAACUAAUUUGCAUGGUUAUAUAUUUUAUUUAAGCGUGUGGAAUAUUUUACAGAUUGUAGGGAAUUGUAAUUGCAAACUUUUCAUUUUAAUCUUGAGGCAAAGCAUGAAUUUUCCUUGUGUAUUCAUUCAUGUAUAUUUGUGAUUUAUUUACACAGACAUUCGCCAACUCUGUUUUCAAAGGUGCCAAAUUUUCUUGUGAUCGUUUUUCCAUGCAUUGUUGAGAGACUUGCGGAAGAUGGAUGUUCAACAGCUGUAUCUUCAUCUAGGCUCAAAUGACAUUCUUACGAAUGAAGCGGUGUUUUACCGAGUUGUAGCUGACUUGUGCGAUUUGGUGCAUCAGGAGGCGCACAAUCGGUGUCCAGAAUGCAGGGUUGUUUGCUCCAACGAAGACGCUUUGCUGAGCCACUUCUGCAGUCGCCACAUCAAGCAACCAGAGACUGGAAAAGAGAGUAAAAUUAAGCUGAUAGGCUCACCAAUGAUUGCAUCUGCUAAUCAUGAACUCAACGAAGUCAGCUCAAGGAAGUGGAAGGCAUGCUUGGAAAAUAGAAGUUUCCAUUAUGAAGGAACAUACAAACAUUUCCCACCCACCAUGUGGAUCAAGAUGUUUGGGCUGAUGAUUCUGGGUCGUAUGUGUGGACAAGGUGGUCUUCAUAACAUCAUGAUGCAGCUGUGUAUUCAACAACAUGUUAACCUGUCCCAGCGGAUGUUGAUGCUCUUAAAUGAUGUUGAGAACAAUCCAGGACCGGUACUUUAUGACAAAAUAUACAUUGUUUAUUGAAUAACUAUAUAUAUUUAUUUUAACAUUAAAGUGAUUUUUUUCUUGCAGUUUUGUGCCUUUUGUUACUGAGAACUAUUUUAUCAUAUGUUGGUGAUUGAAACCCAGGACCUGUAAGUGCUUCUUAAUAUUUGCAACAAAUGACAAAUCAUGUUAAGUUUUUGAAACAUCUGUUUUUUGUUCAGUUAAAGGACAUAUUGAACUCACUAAUUGCUAAGUUAACUUAGAUGCAUCAAGUUUUUAUUGAUGAUUUCUACUUUCUGUUGAAUCAUUAUCCUUUCCAAAGCCAGAGAGAUAUAGUGUUGGCGUUUUCCAUCGGUCAGUCUGUCAGUCCAUCCAUCUGUUUGUUACAAACAUUUUAGGGCUUC